GGUGUGCCGUUGAUUCCACACAGAAUGUUAAAAUUUGUCAUGAAUCCAAAAAAAAUCGUGUGUUUUUUUAUCACAGUCAGUGUGAAUUUGAAAAUACUAAAUGGCGAGGAUUCCUUUAUCACGAUACCAAAUUUUAUCAGAUACCCGUAUAGCGCGACUGAAGGACCCUUCAUAGGAAUAUUUUUGGCCAUUUCGCUACCGCUGGAACUUCCCGAGUACAACGUGUUCUUCUCGUAUAAUAUGGAAGCGAAUUAUGUGCUACCCCAAAAUGAAACGGAGUACACGUAUCCACCCCUUCUUGAAAGAUCGUUGAACCGAAGAUUUUGGGACAGAAAAUAUUUUUACGACAUAUUGGAAUUCAAAAUAAAAUCACAUGGCCAUCCCGGAAAACCUUGUUUAUUGAGAGCAAUAUGCGAGGCAUCGGUUUACAGUUCUCAGCACACAGGCAUUUUAGGUGAUUUGUUGCAUAUAUUACUGACGCCGUCUACUUCGACCGACUAUGUUCUAGAGGAUUACGGGAGAGCUGAACAAUGGGGAAGAAUGCGAAGAAAUUGCAACAAAUACAAAAAGAAGUGUUCAACUAGUUUUUUAGAUUUAGUUAGUCAGAUCUCGCACUAUGUUGCAAAUUAGGCGAAUUUUUUAACAAUACACAAAACCCAGCACGUAAUUAAGUCGAAGCGCAAUCUAUUAUUAGGCAUUUUUACGUGAUAAACUGACACAGACAUGAAACCGACUAAGUGACUUUAAUUAUUGGCCGCAUGUAUUGUUCAAAGUGUAUUAUUAAGGAAGAAAUUCGUGUCUUAAUAAUGAAAGCACUCGAGGAAUUUGCGACGUCAAGUCACAUUGUUCGAUUUUUCUGGAACGAUUGUACUUGUCAUGGCGAAGGAGAUAGUUCGGGCUUUUUCUAAAAGCGCAAAAAAUGGAGAUAAAUGAAUUUAGAAAACUUGUAUUGGAUUCAUUUACGCUGUAAUGUUUUUUGGACUUUUACUCCAGGGGUGGUUUAGUUGUGUUGUCGUAUUUGGCUGAAUAAAUAAUUUCUAGUAA